AAUCAUGACGUUCAGGGCUGGAGAAGCCAUAGAAUAACGUUACGCCUGCAACUUGAUUGACACCCCUGUCGUCCAAUCAGUGCUAUUUUUAUUGCGACAAUUCUGUUGUUGGACCCUGGCAUUAGUUUUGUUGUAGUACUGACAAAUAUGUCGGCCUCUGGGAAUCUCCUGACCACCAAUAUUAUGGAUAUAUGAGAAGAAGCACAUCAUUGUUUUGGGAUUAUAUUCACCUGGUUUUCUUCUCUUUAACUUCCGCAUUGAUGGAGCGGCCUGCAGACAGAUAGCUAUUUUACAGAAGUUAAAGAACCAAGCAGCUUCCACCCAUAGCUAACAUUUAGUUAAGCUAGCUAAGCUGCGUGUAGUGAAAUAACCUCAGACAUAUCGGUGUCUGGCUAGCUAGCCAAAUAUUUAACGUUAUCUGUAUUAGCUUGACGCUGGGAUAGCUAGCCACCACAGCAAGACUCGUAACGUUACAUCCUGCUGGCACCGCUGAAUGAGUCCUAUGAAUAAGACUGAAUGUUGCGUUAAGGAGUUGUCUCUGCUGAUCAUAACCCCAUGAGGAAAUAACACGACCAAGACUGGCAUAUCCCAUUCACCGUUUUUUGGACCCAGAACAAUUGUAAACCCCCUCACAGGUGCAGCAUCCUGACCAACCAUCAGACUGGAUUCACUUCUUUUGUGACCCAGGACCUUUUGUAGGAAGUUUAUAUCCAGUACUGCCUCCUCAUCCAUAUACACAAAGCCAUCCAAAUCAACAAUCGAGGAGGCCACAGCACUGGGUCCUGUUUUACAGGUUGAAGAAGAUACUUUAAACCUGGAAAAAAAUACAAAUGGCCUUAGGAAUUUCUAUCUUCCACAGAUAAAAGCCACAGUUUUUCAUAUUUUUGUUGAGGUUUAUUUGUAGGAAGUUGCUCUGGAGAAGCUGUAUCCUCUAAGGGAUUGUUGUGGAAGCAUGUUAUCCAAGCCUCAGUGCUCUCUGCUGGGGAAGGAAGCCGAGGGAAGGCCCUAGAAGUCCCUGGAGAAGACGGCAAAAUAGAAAACGGCCUGUAGCUGGAAGGCUUACAGUUACAUAACUUACAGGCACAGCCAUCCACUAACACAGUUGAACAAGGAAACCAGUGGGGAAACUGGGUUGUUCUAUAUGUUGCUAUUGCUGGCUGAUAUAUGAGAUAAUGCCAUUAUCUAUUCACAUAUAACCCCCAGCGCUCCAUAUCAACACUGUAAUUUGAGCUCUUUCUCAAAAAUUUCAUUUACAUGGAUACUAAUGGAUGUUCGACUGGAUUUUCCCACAAAUGUUUUGGAAAGAAUCACACCACCACUUCUUGCAUUUUGUCUUCCAAUCACAUCCCUGGUGCAGCUGGCAGGUGAGGUGGUUUGAAUCAGCCACCGGCGGGGUUUAGGGAUGCCCCGACACAGGAAAACCAGGAUCCUCCACUGGCCCGUUUACAGACUGCUGUUUCUAAUACGAGUUCUGGACUGAAGGCAAAUUGUCUCCUUCUCUAGGAGUAUAAGGGGUUGUCACUUUUUAUUUACAAGACUUUUUCUUACACUGCUACAACUGCCCAGACUGCUGAUCUCUGGGUGCUAAAAGACUUUACAUUUUAGUGGUAAUCUCAUACAUUCUGCUAGCACAUUUAGCUACAAACCAAGCUGAGGAAAGUCAUCGUUCUUUGAAGCUUUCCUCUCCAUUUAUUGCUGUUUCUUUUGGUCCAUCUUGUAUGUCCAUCUCCUACCAAAACAGGCCUUCCUCUGCCAACUUUUAUACCUCACUAAACUCCCAUUCUUUGACCAAUCAAAUCAAACUGGAUGAGGUCACAUCAGGCGCAAGGCUCAUCAGUUUAGCUGAGGUUCUCUGUCUGUCUGAUUCCGAAUCGAUUGGACUUUCACAGCACCAAAUCACAAAAAAAAAUUUUGUGUUUAAAUUCAAAGGUCCAAUUAGUUAUGUAAAUCUCAAUAACAGCCAUGUUUUUUGUAUUGAACUAUUAUGUUUUUCUCCAAGCCCUUAUUCACUUUGCAAUCCAACAAGCAAACGUCCUCUUUUUAGACUGAUUUUACUCAGUCAGUUUCCAUUGGCUUGUAUACGUAAUUGACUGGCAUGUUGGGUAGAACCGAGACAAGCUAGUGUGUAUUUGCCUGCAGCUCUGUAAGAGAUAGCUGUUCCGGACACCUCCUCUGCUGUCGUUCAUUCCGCCUUGCCACCUGUUUUCUGGCUGACAGGAAAGCAAGGCUUUCACAGCUGAGGUUCUUUUAAUCUCGCACACAAACACACAGCCGAUCAGAUCGACCUUUGACCUAAGAAAGCGAUCGCUCCUCCUUCCAUCUUAGUGUGAUGAAGCAGAGGAGUGUUUUCCUCUUUUCCACGUGAAAGAGGAAAACACUCCUCAAUUAUCCCUCCAUCUCUUGUAUCUGUUCUUUCCAUUUUUGCUUUUUGCCAGUCAUUUCUAACCACAAAUUACAAAUCCACCCAGUACACCACGCCUAAAGAAACGUUUAACUCUGAACGACAAAUUCCUCGGCGUAGCAGUUGCUGGACACACACACACACACCCCACUACACACAUUGAAAGCGAUGCCAGGUAGCAGCAGUAAGAGUGGAGGGCGGGGUCCAUCCUCGUCGCCCCUCCCCCACGCCGUGAUCCCGCCCAGCAGACCCCUGAGACCCUCCCGCUACGUCCCGGUGUCGGCAGCCACUUUCUUUCUCGUUGGCUCCACCACGCUCUUCUUCUGCUUUACGUGUCCAUGGCUUUCAGAGCGUUUCUCAGUGGCUGUACCCAUCUACAAUGGAGUCAUCUUCCUGUUUGUUUUGGCUAACUUCUGUAUGGCCACAUUCAUGGACCCCGGCAUCUUCCCUAGAGCUGAGGAGGACGAGGACAAGGAGGACGAUUUUCGAGCUCCCCUCUACAAGACUGUGGAGAUCAGAGGGAUCCAGGUCAGGAUGAAGUGGUGUUCAACCUGCCGCUUCUACAGGCCGCCGCGGUGCUCCCACUGCUCCGUCUGUGAUAACUGUGUCGAGGACUUCGACCACCACUGUCCUUGGGUGAACAACUGCAUCGGCAGGAGGAACUACCGCUACUUCUUCCUCUUCCUUCUGUCUCUGACCGCUCACAUCAUGGCCGUGUUUGGCUUUGGCCUACUCUUUAUCCUCUACCAUCGCCAAAACAUCGACCGCUUGCACGCCAUCGUCACGCUAGGUGUAAUGUGUGUUGCAGGCCUGUUCUUUAUCCCUGUUGCUGGCCUCACUGGUUUCCACAUAGUGCUUGUGGCCAGAGGCAGGACUACCAAUGAACAGGUAACAGGGAAGUUCCGAGGAGGUGUUAACCCUUUCACCAAUGGCUGUUGGAAGAAUGUCUCUCAUGUCCUCUGCAGCUCACAGGCACCCAGGUAUUUGGGCAGAAAGAAGUGUGUGCAGAGUGUGUGUGUGCAGCCUCCCUUUCUGCGGCCACAGCUGACAGAGGCCCAGCUGGCAGCAAAGAUCCUGGACAACGGUAUACAGGGAGACCUGCACCGGUCCAAGUCCAGUCUAGAGAUGAUGGAGAGUCAGUCAUGUGACGCUGAGCCUCCUCCUCCUCCUAAACCAGAGCUCCGCUACCCUGGAAUCACCAGAGGAAACACAGAGGAGUGCAGUCUACUGAACAAAGCCCCUCCCACCCCCACAAUGUACAAAUACAGGCCCACCUACAGCCCCGGCAAGAACCACACAGCGCUCACACACGCCUACGCCAACCAGUUAAGUCGAGGGGAGAGUGUUGGCAGUGCCAGGGACUCCUCCUCCUCCACCUCCUCCCUCCUUCAGGCCAGCCAGCAGCCUGGUUUCCGCUCCCAGCCCAGCCUGGACCGGAGGGACGCUUCAUCUGACCGAGUCGGAGGGGGAGGAGGUGGGGAGAGAAUGGAGGCCAGAAGAGAGGUGGGGGGAGGGGGCAUCCCUGGAUACUCCCUCGGCGGGCGCUCGUACCCCUCCUUCUCCGACCACACGGUCCUAUCGGGAGUGGCGUCCCGAUCUUCCAGCUCCACGCACACCUCGGCAGGCGGCGUCCACGUUUCCGAGGCGACCACCAACUCGGCCAGCUUCAAGAGCUUAGCCAAUCAGACGCCCCUGCAUCACCACCCGUCCCGCAACGGGAGCCUAUCGUACGACAGUUUACUGGCAGGUGGGGACGAUUUCGACAAAGCGGUGGCGGUGGGUCCGGCAGCCCCUGAGGUCUCCCCUGGGAGACCCUGCACGCCAGCAGCAGGCGGCUACAGCUCCCCUUUCCUGUCGUCGCAACCGAGAGACGCGGAGAUGCACUCCCAGUCCUCCCAGUCGCCCCAUCACUACCACCGCUCCUCCUCCUCCCACCACCACCACCACUCCUUCCUCCAUCGCUCCUCCUCCUCCACGUCUUCCUCCCCGCCGCCUCCUCCGGAGAGGGAGUGCCUGCUAGGCGAGCCCCACCCCGGCGCUCACCCCCCGCCCGCCAGUCAGGCCUCGGCUCCCCCGUCCUCCUCUGCCCCGCCUCCCCCACACCAUCACCACCACCACGCCCAUCACCACCACCACCACGCCCACCAUCACCACCACCACUCCUCCUCCUCCUCUUCCUCUACCUCGCGCCCUCCCCGCUUCGCUGCCCCUCAUGCCCCGCCCCACCACGCUUAUCCCUACCGCACCCGCUCCACCGACACCCCUCUGGGAUCCUCCUCUACCUCCACGACCCACCCUCCGCGCUCCCCGCACCCCCCGCCUCUGGGCAAGUCCCUGUCUUACUCGAGCGCCGCCGCCGCCGAAAUGCAGUACCGGCUGGUCCGAAAGGCUUCUGCGUCAGCCGGAGCCAAUGCGGCAGGGGUAGGAGGAGGAGUAGGAGGAGGAGGAGGAGGAGGAGGAGGGAUACAAGCGCCGAAGGAUGAGCUGAUCCAGGUGAAACCUCUGAGUCGGACCAACGGCGGCCAGCUCUUCUCCUCCUCGUCCUGCUCCGCCCCUUCCUCCCCCUCUCACCCAAUCGGUGUGUCCGCCCGGCCUGGAGCUGCUUUCCCCAGCGCAGCGUUGAUGCCGAGCCCCCCCCACAAGCCUACGGGUGGCGGGGUGAAGAAGGUGACAGGCGUCGGGGGAACCACCUACGAGAUUUCUGUCUGA